CUGUAGGCCCAUGAUAGCAGAGGUCUCGCGCUGUAUAUCGCUAGUCAAGGUCGGGCCAUUAACGCCUCUCAGCAUUGGUCUUCACCCACUGACAUCGUAUGUAAUCGGAAACAUGGUGCUACAAUCAAACCUCCUUCAAUCGGUCGGUGUGCUGGCUGGCGUUGUGUUCACGUUGUACGUGCUGUGUCAGUGGAGUCGGUUCGUGCACUACCAUGUCAAACAUAUCGCGGCAUUUAUAUGGAGUGGAUUUCUGGCGGCCUUUGUAAUACCGUGUGCGCUGUUACGUCCUAUGGACCCCACUAAUACAAGGUGGUACACUUUUUGGGAGAGACUGUUCUUCACCAUGCCACUGUUUCAAGCGAAAAUAAUACCCAAGAAUCUGCACUAUUUUGAUACAGAAGAACCGCAAGUACUUGUAGCCAAUCACCAAAGCAUAAUAGAUAACUUAGGAGCUAUGGAAAUUUGGCCACAGCGAUGCGUGAUGGUGGCGAAAAAAUCUGUUUUAUUUGCGGGUACAUUUGGUUUCGCAUCGUGGUUGUGUGGAACUAUUUUUGUGGACAGGUUCAAUGCCGCUAAAGCCAAAGAGACGACAAGAAAAAUCGCGAACGUCAUGAAAAGGAAGAGGACAAGCGUUUGGAUGUUCGCUGAAGGUACACGUAAUUACGACAAGUCUGUUGACAUGCUACCAUUCAAGAAAGGUGCUUUCUACGCAGCCAUCGAAGCUCAGGCACCAAUUGUUCCAGUUGUUUUCUCCAAUUACAGGGACCAUGUUAAUGCAAUAGAGCACCGGUUUGAUCCAGUUGAAAUUACGAUAACAAUUCUGCCACCAAUCAGCACCAAGGGUAGAACCGUGAAUGACGUGCAAGCGCUGUCAGACGAAGUGAGAGAAUGCAUGCUGGAGGCAUACAGGAAAUCGCCGAGCAAAACAAUGAAAACUGAUCUUAAAAAGGAGUGAUAAUUUAAAUGCUGAGAGAAAAUAAUCCACUACUAUUCGUUUGUUUGGUUCAUGUCCCAUGACCACCAAUAUAAUAGCCAAUGCACGUCUGAAUAUUCACGUAGAACACGUAACGCCUCUUCCUGAAAACUUUCUGCUUCAAGUUCCGUGUGAUUCUGAGGUGGUAUUGGUGGACUACAAUGCUUCAUGUCUGGCGUUGAUCAAACCAGGGAUAAAAUAUAGGUUGAGUA